UUGAUCGCCAUCUUUCAAUUUUGUUGAGUCGUAUCAAGUCGUAAUUUAGAUUUUUGUUUAAUUUUAUCGUUUAAUAACAAGUGUUUUUGUGUACUACUUUUGUUUUUAGCAAAUAAUAUUUAUAAUUUCUAACAGUUAUGAGUACUACAGCAUCUACACCACUAUUUGCGUGCUCCCGUUGUUUUUCAAGACAUCCUUUUGAAGAAUUGUCUCCUGGCGAACAACUUUGCAAGGAAUGUCGGGGGUCGUUCCCGGUAGUGAAAUGCACCUACUGUCGCACAGAGUUUCAACAAACAAGCAAGUCAAAUACUUCUUCAAUUUGCAAGAAAUGUGAAGCCAAUGUGAAGGCUUACGGAAAGCCAACGGCUUGUGAAUACUGCAACAUCAUAGCUGCUUUUAUUGGUAACAAAUGCCAACGCUGUGCUAAUUCUGAACGCAAGUAUGGUCCAGCUGUGACAUGUGAGCAAUGCAAGCAACGCUGUGCUUUCGACCGGCGAGAUGACAGUAAGAAGGUGGACGGCAAGCUGCUAUGUUGGCUGUGCACACAGUCGCUGAAGCGUGCGUUGGCGCGGACCAAGCAGCAUCUAUCCUCCGUUGACAAACAUAAGCACCGAUCUCACAAAUCGAAGAGCCACCACAAGGAAAAGCGCAAGUCAGACAUGAUGAAGUCGAUGAAUUCCAACGAUUCUUCACACAAUGAUUCUCAACCAUUAGAGAAGAAGUCAAAACUGAACCCUAUGCAAGGGUUUCUAUUCUCAGGGGAACUAGAUCCGAAUAGUUCUGACCACGUGGUGGCGAUGACACAACUUAAGGAAACCAUCGCGAGCCUACAGAAGAAAGUGCAGCAGAAGGACAACGAACUUCUCGCCAAAGACAGAUUGAUAACGGAACUCAAAGCUCAGAAUUUGACGUCGACGACGGAGCUACGGAACGAGAUGAAGAAUAAGGAGCGUCUGCACGAGACAAAGUACGGGCUGAUGAACUCGAAGAUUCAGAACCUGUUGAAGGAAGUGGCGACGCUGUCCAAGUCGGCGCGCAAGAACAACAAGGGCGGCGGCGCCAAGCCGGCGGCAGCGGCCGCGCCUGCGCCCGCCGAGAGCGGCAGCGGUACCGACAGCCCCAGCACCAACUAGAACAAAUUCACACUAACUUAUUUUACUCUAAUUCUAGUAAGUAUUAUAUUACCCCGAAGGCUGCUUAAUCGGCCAGACACACAUAUAGAGUUAGAUAACGCAAGUUAUAAGGAUGUACCGUUAAAUAUGGUUUGCUUAAUUUGACAGCUGCCAGAACAAUACAUUUUUCCCGAUGUUAUUUUCUCAAAUGACUAUACUAUAUUUCCGUCAUGCUGUCAAAUUCAUCAAGCUACAGUAAUGGUGCGUAUCAUAGAAGUCCUAUUUGAACCAGCUACCAACAUGACGUGCUCGUAUUGAGAAGGUAAAAGGAGGAUUCCUAUCGCGUUGUUCUAAUAAAAAAGAUCAGUGACACGUAUCUACCUAGUUUAUCAUGCGAUGGAUGGUCUGUCUGACUACCCCAAUUUAGGAAUUUGUCGUGAGCCUAUGUUAAUUUUCAGCACUUAAUUGCAAACGUAAAUAGCAGACAUAAUAUUUUGACCAACUUGCGGUGUCUACUCCACUCUGUAUGUGUGCGACCAGAUGAGCCUUUUCUGCCCGCCAGACGUGGUCGUCUUUAUUGUGUACGUGUAUGCGCUGCAUUGGUACUAUUCACUCUCGCGGGCCCGAACGGCUCAGGUUGCGCCGGCACCGCCCCUGACGGGACAGACGAUGGAAAAUUGUUUCCUCUUAUUUUUUUACUCUACAAAUACUUUUAUUUGUAGACUUUUAUAAACUUAGACAUAAGUAGCUUUCAAUUCAAUGACAUUUUAGUUUUAAUAAAUAAUGCAAGAUGUUUACCAAUAUAACGAAAGUACAUGAAUAUUUUAUCCGCUAGACAUAUGUCGAAUUGAUAUUUAUAAAACUGAUGCGGGUUAAAGUGUAUUAGUUCAAAUUAAAGAAGAAAUUGUGAGAUUAUUUUUGUAAUCAUAUGUUUUGUAAUGGUUUAAUUUUUUAUCUUAUAAAAUUAUCAUAAAUCAAACUGCAUUACAAUCAAAAUAAUUAUUAAUUUAAUCGCACACAUUUUGAAAUCCACAUUCUCAUUGUUAUAAUUAUAAUUUAUUUCAUUGUUAAUACAUAUUAAUACCAACCGAGGUCUAGGUCAGUAAUAUCUAGGAACACGCAGACGUAGUGGCUGCCUCGUAUUUUGUAUUGUUUAGUAAUUGUAUUUAUUUCGGACUUAUUGAGCGUGAGCAAACUUGCGUAAUCUUGAAAUAAAACUGAAGUUCCGAUUUAAUAAUAAAUAUUUAAUAUUUCCGAUUCAAUUUCUUAGUUUAUUAAUUUUGAAAUUGUCAACAUACUAAAUGGUACUCGUUAGUUUUUGGUUUUACGUAGUAUUAGUUACUUCAUGGUUUUACUAAGAGUAACAGUGCUAUUAUGCCAACAAUUACGUUAUUUUUUGUAGCUAAUCAAAGAACAAAUACAGGUAAAAUCUUUGUCAUAUCAGUGUGGAAUAAUCGAGUUGAGUUGAUGAUAAUCUAAUCGUCCUAAUAAUAGUAAUGAGAGGGAAAGUAAAAAGUGAUAUCGAGUCACGAACAAAAUAAGAUGAUGUCCUACUUUAAGUAGGUGCCCAUUGAAUGCUUUUAUGAGAAUCAUGACUCUGUAUAUUUCAUUGCGACCACUUUCUCCAGUUGAUACUUGAUUCGAAAUCAACUAUUGUUUCCUUUUUUGAAAUACUUUCAUUUGAUAUUAAUCAUACAGUAUGGUCCAAAUAGAAAAACAUUUUUGUUUGGGAUACGGGUAAACGGGUGCAUUUCUUCAUUGUUAUAUUUAUUAGGGCCUAACUAAUUGAUAUUAGUGCUCUCUAAAGUUUUCGUACAAAAAUGUACAUAAGCAUCCUGUACUAAGCACGUGUCUCCUCCAAUCACCCAGAGAGCUAAAGAGCAUACUCUAAUGCGCUAUUCAUCUGCAGUUCAGUAGAGACUGAUAGAACAUUGGUUGUCCCUUUUUGAUUGUACACAAUUCGCUUGAACUUAAUUCAACAAUGAGGAGGCGAAUAUCUUUUUAAUACGUGACUUGGACAUACCUCCCUAUAAAACUACAAAACUAAAUUUUAUCAACUUGUUAAUUCACUUUGUGAAGUCUUCAUCCAAUACUUCUCGUAACUUUAAUAUUUUAUAUUAUCCUAGUGAGGUUGCUGUACUUACUCUAUGUAAGGCAUUUUUAUUGACUGCACAAAUCAGUGCAUGGCCUCUGAUUACGCAUGUCUUUCUUGGCGGACAUGGGUGUGUGUCUGUUACUGACGCCCUCUUGCCCUUCUGGAGGGAGGUUCCUCGUCUUCUUCUUCAUCAGAGUCUAAAUCUCUGGAACGUCUUCUUGAGUAGGAGUGAACAGGAUACCCCAGUCGUUUCAAGUUUGGUUUUGGACUCCUCUGACAAAUCCCCCAGUUCCGAUGCAGCCAUCCUAAUAUACUUGUCUACCAUAACUGUAUGAACUGAUUGAUGAGCACUUGACAUUUGAAAAUUGUCUCCAAUAAGCUUGUUUGCUUUGGCGUAGCUUAUAGCUGAAUAAUAGACAUCUGGAUAAUGUGAUUGAUUUAAAUCAACCAUCCAUCAUUAAAUCAUCCUACCUUAAUGUAGGAUGACUAUUAGGAUCUCUUACUCUACUAUACGGAAGGAGAGGGUCCUCACUCUUUGCGGACUCCCAUUUUUCAUGCAAUUCUAUGGCUUGAUCUAGCACUGUAGGGAUCUCUAGUGCUCGACAAUGUGAUUUUAUGAAGAGAUCCAUGUAAACCACCGCUUUCAAGGAUCAGUACUCCCAUACUAAUUUUAUUUGAGACAAGAUAGCAUUCUCUGGGCCUGUCUUUUGAAUCCUCAGCAUCCUCAAAUAUUUCCUGUCUUAGGUCAGGUUUUCCAUUCACAAUGUUGUGGAACACCAUGGCCACCGCUGUAAUUGUGUCCCAGGCGGUUGCUGGGAUGAGGUCCGUUAUGUUUUGGGAGGCUAGGGCUGCCCUCCACCGUUUUGAAAAGGCGGGUACAUUCUGAGUUGUUACUGGUUUAGAUAACGUCAUGUAUGAGGCUAGAGUUAUAGCCAAUACUUCUUGGUUUAUAAGCUCUGGUGAUUUCUCACUAUUACUUAUCUCCACCUGAGCUGUGCGUGCUGAGUCUAUACUCUUGGUCUCAAACGGUGCAAUGUAUAAAGUACUAAGGAUAGUAUCACUUCCUCUGAGUACUUCACAGAGUCGCCUACCUUUUCUCCUCCGUGCUUGUGGCAGUUCUUCCAAUUAACUACGUACUGAUAACAUCUGCUGUUUUCAAGACUUAGGCUUUCUGUUGGAAUUAGCUUUGAGCUGGAAUUACGACCGGCAUCUCUCUUGGAAGUAGCGUCAGAGGAAUUAAUCAAAUUCACUUGGUUGCCUGAAUAUGUUGUCCCAUGACUUACGAAAUCGGCCAAUUCUAUCUAUCUAUCUACCAAUACCUCUCGUAACUUCAUAAAGUGAAGAAUUACUAAAAUUUAAACUUGAUGUAUUAAUUAUUGUAAUCUGUGUCUAAUUACUUCCUUCUGGACGAUAACGGGCGUGUGUAAAGUUAGUUAUAAGAAAACAAACGUGUAUAGAAGCAAUAGCAAAUGUUUUUAUUAACGUAUGCUGUGCAAUACACAAUAUAAAAUACAAUAUUACAGGACUGUCCGUGAUAGAAACGAUAAUUGCUUUUCAUAAGCGAAUCAUACACAUUGCAGUUUGUGGAUUUGUGGAAUAAUGAAACUGUCGUUAGGUAAAGAAUCUUAAAGCUGUGGAUAAAUAUUCCAUUAAGAUUAUAUUGAUAUAUAGGUACUGUGAAAAUAAUUGUUAGGAAAAAUGUGAAAUAAACAAAAUAAAUAUUAACAAA